UUUGCAGCUUGCAUUACCUUGUAUGACACCCUCAGCAUCUUUCACUGUACAAGCCUGGGUUUGAAAGCAUGAUAUCAAGGCUGGUCUUUCUACUUUUCUGUGGAAAUAUUGCACUAAACCUUGGAAAUGCUCAGAAAUUGCCAAGAGUUAAGAGACAAAGCCUGAAAGUUCAGAUCAAUGCGACUGGUGAUGCAGUGUGCAUGAGAUAUAUUCGACCAAGUCCAAGCAUCAAACUGGAAGGCUUCAUCUUGGGGUACGGCAGCAGCUUCUUCUCUAACCAGUAUAUUCCUCUGCCACCAGAUGGAAAAUCUUACAUAACUGAAGUUGAUGCAGAGCCAAGAUACUUGAUUUCAGUAAGGCCAGCUCCUGUUCCAAAUUACAAGAAACCCUGCUCAGGUAAGAGGACCACACCAAAGCCUCUCCAGCUGGUAAUAGGCACUUUAACUCCAACUUCUGUAUUCUUGUCCUGGGGAAUCUUAGUCAACCCAAAGCAUGAUUGGACCACAAUGAAUAACUGUGCAAAUGACAGAUUUUAUACAGUCCGCUACAGAGAAAAGGACAAGAAUAAGAAGUGGGUUCUCCAGCUUUGCCCAACAACAGAAACAGUGGUGGAUAAUCUGAAACCUAACACAGUUUAUGAAUUUGGAGUGAAAGACAACACAGAUAAUGGGAUCUGGAGCAAGAUUUUCAGUCACAAAGUGGCUGUGCCUAGUAAAAACAAAGAAAAUGGACAACUCCAGAAUAAUUACAAAUUGCCUAAACUCCAGACUCAGUUUAUACCAGAUGAUUCAAAAGUUCAACUUCCAUUUACAAUAAUCAAACAAGUACUUCAAAAUAUCACACAACGUGCACAGUCCAAAAUCUCAGAGAAGCCUCCUUUAUCAGGACCAAUACUAGUGCACCUUAUUGUCCCAGAUUUCAAUGGAACCCCGCAGAAACUGCCAUCGCUGGAUAUAUCUCAAAGACCAAAGAAAACAUUAGCUAAAAAUGAAACUCAAGAAUGGCCUGCAGAGUCCAAGACAUCAGAAGUACAACAAAUCUCCCCACAAUCCCAGCCUGCUAUGUCUGAACUAGACUGGGAAAGGAGUAAACCUACAGCUCCCAGUGACUCAAAAGAAUCAGAGGGCUCUCCAGCUUACUCUGAAAGUGAACAGGAACCCUCAAAACCUAGCAUAACUCCUUUGGCUGAACUGCCACUUGACACAUUGGCUCACACUGAAAGGAAACUGGCGUCUUCAAAACCUAGCAUAACUCCUUUGGCUAAAUUGCCACUUGGCACACUGGUUCCACACAAGUUUCCAGAAUUUCCUAAAACUAAAAUGCUUCCGACACUUCAAAUGCCCACAGAAACAUUGGCUUCAAGUGAAAUGCAACUAGUUCCUUCAGAACCCCAAACACCUGCUUCCAAAACUGCACCAACAAAGCUGGCAGUAACAAAUGAACCCACUCUGGAAUCUUUCACACCAAAAACAUCUAAACCUCUUGACUGGCCAAGUGCAACACUAGCUCCAUCUGAAGCAGCAUUUAUUCCUUUUAAAUGGAAGACUUCUGCCACCCCAGAAGGAUGGCAUGUGAGCUCUGCCCCUAAUUUGCCAUCUUUGAAGCAGAAUACACCUAAAACAUCUAGGAUUACUGAACAUUUAAAAGCAACUGCAGCUCUGCCGGAAACAGGAUCGGUUCCUUCUACACCUAAACCUUCUGCCCAUCCCAAAAUACCAGAAUCUAUACGUGCAGAAAAGGAACCUCAAUGGGAAACUACUACACUUAAAAUUUAUAAAACCCCUGAAUUGCCAAGAACAACACUGGCUCCCAGUAAAACAAAAAUCCCUGUUUCCAAGCCCCCAAUCCUUCCCCACCUGGAAGAGCCAAAGAUUGUACCGGCAGUUACCAACAAAUUGAUUCCAGUUCCCACCACCACUAAGAUUUCUCACACUGUUGGACAUCCAGUGGCAACAAUGGCUUUAACCAAAACAGAUACAUUUUCUUCUAAACCAUCCACAGCUCCAGAACUCUCAUUUACUACCUCUGUCUUGGAACCUAUUACAUUUCGCAAUGAACUUCCAAUAGUAGCUCCAGAAGCCAAGCAUCAUGUUUCCAGUUCUAAAACAACUAUUGGCCCUCAUGUGAUACAUACUAAACCUGUCCCAAAACCUAUUGCACUUCGAACUGAGCCACCCAAGACCGAAACUGCACCCAUUGCAAAAGAUCUGGGCUCAAUUAACUUCCAUGUUCAUGUUUUCAAUGGUUCCAAAGUUUCAUCAAAGCCCUUCAGUGGUGUAACAACAACAGCAACUCCACAUGUGAAAACUGGAGAGACAGACCCUGUGCCUUUCAGGCCUAAACCUUGGUUCAGCCCUGAUGUGCCACCAAUCAAGCCUGACAUGGAAGCGGUUACUUUUAGAACUGAAAAACCGAAGUCAACAAUAGAAACACGUCGUGCCCCUGCCAGACCAAAAACAUCUCCCAGCCCUGGUAUAACAACCACCAAACCUAGUAAAAAAGGGAGCCACCGUUUUCCAUUGAAGCCGAAAACAUCACCCAGUCCAAAAGUGUCUCAAACAAAGCCAGUUCCAAAAGAAAUGCAGCCUCUUCCUUCCAAAUCUAAAAUAUCUUCAACCACAGACAUCCCACAGGCUGGACCUGCAGAAAUUACUUCAUUCUCUCAAGGUCCUAUCACUACCGUGAUACCUCAUGCUCCUGAAAAGGCAAAAGCAACUCUGGCUUCAACAGUGGAACAGUUCACUACUAAUAAAUCAAAACCAUCCACCAGGCCAAGAAUGCUAGAGACCAAACCUGCAGUACAUCGAACAACCUCACAACAACCUAUAAUCAAACCUACUGUAUCAUCUGAACGACCCAAGGCAACUAUGGCUCCAAAAGAAACAUGGUUUAUUCCUUCUAAACCCAAAACAUCUGGCAAACCAGAAGUACCCCAGACAAAACCUGCACCAAUUGCAACAGACCUGGAAUCAAUGGAUCUCCACACUCAUGUUCUCAAUGACCCCAAAGAUACUUUGGUUUCAUCCAAGCCUUACAGUGAUGUAACAACAACUGAAAGUCCACAUUUGAAAACUGCACCACCACAUAAAGUGUAUGUCUCCACUGCAAAACCCAAGAAGACUGUUCUUAAUAAAACAACACCAGCCCCUGGUAGAACAAGAACACCUGGAGGCGUGACAUGGGAUAAAAUAUCAAGUGGUAAGAAACUAACAGACCAGGAUGCUACCAGGCUUCCUAGUACAAGCUCUAGUACAAUCUCUAAAGCAUCAGCACAUUCCACAGUUGCAAGAAAAAAACCAGAGCCUAUAGCUACACCACCUGACUCUCCACGACCUCCCUUAGCUCCUGCCAAGCCUACACCAAUGCGAAGAAAACCUUUGCCACCAAACACUGUGACCGGUAAACCUGGAAGUUCAGGAAACGUCUUGAUGCCACGAGCCUCUUCUUUUUCCAUACCAAAGCCUACAGGACCAACAACUCAUGUGAAAACAAGCUCACUAAAAAAGCCACCUACAGCAGCAUCUUCUCCAGAUUAUAGUAAUACAACUUUGUUCAGUUCUCAGCCUACAACAGAGACUGAUAUUGCAGGCAAACCAAGGUAUACAGGUGAGCAUGUGAAGUACAUGCCAAAAAAAGAAGACAUGCCGUGUUCCAUCACAGAUACCCUCCAACACUUUCCAACCGAAGAGGGGGAGAGCACAGAGUUACCCAUUAGUCCUCCACAAAAGCCUCCUACCAACCUCACUGUGGUGACUGUUGAGGGCUGCCCAUCCUUUGUCAUACUGGAUUGGGAGAAACCAGAUAAUGAAACUGUUACAGAAUAUAAAGUUAUAUCAACUGAAAAUGGAGCCCCUAGUGGAAAGGACAAGUCCGUUGUAACUACAAAUCAAACCCAUUCUGCUGUGGAAAACCUGAAACCUAACACAAGUUAUGGCUUUGUUGUGAUACCUAGCAACCCCCUUGGUGAAGGACCAAGCAGCGAAUCAAAGCCCUUUAAAACUGAAUCAGCAGACCCAAGAGUGACUGAGCCAAUUCCAAUGGGAAAAGAUGCCAUUUGGACUGAAAUCAAAUUUAAUCCUGAUUCCUAUUCUGAAUGCAAGGGGAAACAGUAUGUCAAGAGGACUUGGUACAAGAAGUUUGUUGGUGUACAAUUGUGCAACUCCCUCCGAUACAAGAUUUACCUCAGUGAUUCACUUCAAGGUAAAUUUUAUAAUAUAGGAGAUCAGAGGGGGCAUGGCGAAGAUCACUGUCAGUUUGUAGACUCAUAUUUAGAUGGAAGAACAGGGCUACACAUUCGAUCAGAUCAACUACCUACAAAAAAUGGCUUUUUUAGAGCAGUGCGACAGGAGCCUGUCAAGUUUGGAAAAAUAGGAGCUGAGACACGUACUAACUAUGUUCAUUGGUAUGAGUGUGGAACUACAAUACCUGGAAAAUGGUAGAGCAAGAGAUGAACUGAGUACCAUAUGGUUGCAUCUAGCUAUGGCUAACACAGACAAGCUCAGAUAUGGAAAUACGCCAUGGUAUUAUAUUUGUCAUUCUGAAAGCUAAUGACAAUACUGUGUUAACUGUUCAAUAGCAUUGGCUGCUUAAUUAUAGUUGUCCAGAUUUAUGGAUCCGUUGUAGGAAGUUAGAACAUGUCAUAAAAUACUGUCUUGGGAAGCUGGCUCCCUCUUAAUCUCUUAUGGUACCAUCUACAUAUUUUGAAAGAUGUAGUUAUUUAUCAUUGUUUGAGACACCUUUAUUGAAAAGUUGGUAACAAAUAUGUAUUCUGAAUUUUAUUGGCACAUACUGCCAAAGUUCACAUUCUGGUUUAUUUUCCUAUUCACUUAAAUUAUUCAGUCAGGUUAACUUUUCUGCUACUUUAUACACCCAGUCUGAAAAUACGCCAUUCUCCCAACUCCAUUUGAACACUCUAGAAAACUAAUGAUGCUACAUAACUCUGCACUCAGAUAAUCUACAUUAAACACUGCAAAUACAUGACAGAGAAUCAUGUGACUGAGCCUAUAUCAAUACUUGUUCUCCCAUGUGGAAAUGUAAUAGUCUUUCUAAUUUUGCAGAAUAACAGGCAUUCAUUGAGACUGAGAGCUCACCUAAGCGAAGAUUUGAUUGUCUGUCAUGAUUUUAAUUGUUAAUUCAAACAGGGCUUUAACUUAGUAAAAGCAGUUUAUAAUAUGCCAGUAGGGGCUGCUUCUCAAGACAAGCAUCUUACAUGCUAGUGCUGACUGUUAAAGACACUGUAUACAUGCUGAGGUCUUUACUUUUGUGGUAAUUGCAAGCUACAUGUCAUUGUAGAUUUUGCCUCUCUCUAGUGAAUUGAUUUCAGCUCUGGUCUAAAGGUAAACAUGCAGCUACCUACAGGUAAAAUCUAUUGCUACAGCAAUUAAGAGGGAGAUUAUAUGUACAAGCCUUAGGAUUACUAUUAUAAUGAUUACAUUAUAGUGAUUAUAUUAUAAUGGAGCAAAGCAGGAUGUCACAUCUCAAAAAUCUUGUGUGCUGUGGUACUUCCAAAUGACACGUGUUUCCCUUUGCAAUACAAAGAAGCAGACAUUCACUCAGUCACUCACUGCUUCCAGGGAAACCUGCCUUCCAAACAUGUAUGCACUGUUCAUAAUUGAUAAAAUACACAAGAAGCCAACUUAAAAUCAAGAAUUAACAGGUUUACAUGUACCCUUGACAAACUAGUAUGAUUGUUAGGUUUUAAACAAGUUAGGAUCAAUGCAGACUAGUCAAAUAGCAUAUAGUAUAUAUUACUGCCGAAGCAUACAAAGCCACCUUCAUUUUUGUUGUAUUUGAAAACUGUUUUCUUUAUAUACAGUUGAAAGAGUAAUGUGUUCUGCUUUGUAGAAUGGAAAAAAAAUGAAGGCUGUUUUUGAAAAUGGCUCAAUCCUUUCCCCCUCUACACAAAGUGCUAUAUUUGUAUUGCUUAAACAUUUAAACAUUGUAUAUGAAGAGAUGUAGGUUUUUAAAAGGUGUUUAUUCAAUGUAUUAAAAUAUAAAAAAACACAAGGAAUAUUGGAUUUGUUGCUUAUAAAAAACCUAAGUACAUUGCA